AUGGGGGCCCUGCAAUGGUUCCUCUGCGUCUAUGUUCUCGGCGGCCUGACCUUCCUGCCGUUGCUUCUGGCCAUAGUCCUCCUUCACGCGUACUAUACCCUCCCACUGCCGAGAGAAGAUGCACCCAGCCACAACGAUCCAGCGCAGUUGGUCCACCCCGACGAUGACAAGAUUACCUUCAAGACCGCUACCGACGAUCUAGCCGAAAAAUUCCACCGCAAGCAUGAUUCAGAUGUUGCGGCAGGCUACUUUGCCGUCUGCCGCGAAUAUGUCCCUGGAGGGGUCAAUGGCAAGCCUCCCGACAAACUGACCCCCGCUGGGGAGGUGGUUGCACAGGAAUCUCCGAGUGUCUACCAGAGUAUGUACCGGAGUAUCUUUGACAGGUCGCAAAAGCCCACGCUGGAGCCGAACAAGGACGGAACUGGGAAGUCGGUCAAGAAAUCAAACAACGUGUUUUAUGUCGUCCUAAGACACGGCCACCUUAUGCUCUACGACGACAUCCAACAGUUGGAAGUCCGCUAUGUCAUUUCCUUGGAGCACCACGAUGUCGAAAUCUACGGGGGAGAAGGUGAAACCCCCGAGGGCGAACUUUGGAUCAAGCGCAAUGCCAUACGGCUGAAGAGGAAGACGAAUACAGCUGGGGAUACACCCAGUUCACUGCCAUUCUAUCUCUUUAGCGAGAAUCUGUCGGAAAAGGAGGACUUUUACUUUGCGUUGCUGAAAAACCAGGAGAAGACCACCGACGAAGAUCCUCCUGCGCCUCAACAAUUUGAGAUUGAUGAUAUCGUCAAGCUGGUGCAGCAGCUCCACUCCUCCGAGGAGCACCUACAAACCCGAUGGCUCAACGCAGUCAUUGGCCGUUUGUUCCUCGCCAUGUACAAGACGCCGGAACUCGAAGAGUUCGUUCGGAAAAAGUUGACCAAGAAGAUUUCAAGGGUUAAGAAACCCAACUUCAUCACCAAACUGGCCCUGAAAAAGAUCGAUCUCGGAAACGGUGCCCCGUUUGUGACGAAUCCAAGAUUAAGAGACCUUACGGUGGAUGGAGAUUGCACGGUGGAGGCGGAUGUCGACUACACCGGGAAUUUUAGAAUUGAAAUUGCGGCCACGGCCCGGAUUGAACUGGGAGCUCGUUUCAAGCCUCGCCAAGUCGAUAUGGUGCUCGCGAUCACUUGUAAGCGGCUCAAAGGGCACGCUUUGGUGAGAUUCAAGCCACCUCCGAGCAACAGAACAUGGUUCUCGUUUGAGAAAAUGCCCGAGUUGGACCUGGUGUUGGAACCUAUAGUCAGUUCACGGCAAAUUACCUACAACUUCAUACUCCGCGCGAUUGAGAGUAGAAUCAGAGAGGUGGUAGCUGAGAGUAUUUGUCUCCCAUUCUGGGAUGAUAUCGCCUUCAUGGACACACAAGGCCAGCGAUACCGUGGAGGCAUUUGGAAGAGAGAACCGGUCUCGGCUACGACCACCGAAAUACCCAAUGAAGAUCCCGAAGACGAAGCAGAAGCAGGGGAGACAGAAAACGGGGCCCCUGCUGACUUGUCCAGGCACGACGGCGCCAUCUCCAAAGACGACAGAGUCUUGAGUAUGCCGGUGUUGACAGAUGUCAGGACGACUGCCGGCAAGAAGAAUUCAGCCAAAAAGUCGAUUUCUUCUCUCAACGAUCUUCUCGGUGCGAAAGGUGCUCAGACACCAGAUCGACCUGAUUCAUCGACCCCGAGAUUGAUAAGGUCGCCUUCAUUUGCCGGUGCUGCGAACCCGACUCUCAGCCCAAGCCACGCAGACGCCAACGCAAGCCCGACUCGGGACUCCGAUUCUCACUCGAAACGCGAGAGCGUCACCACUUUACUGAAAGAUCUUUCUACUCGCUCGACGGGAAAUCCGUCACCAUCUGCUUCACAAGCGGGUUCGCCGCCUUCAGACUCGGCGAUGGCCACGGCAAUCAGGGAAAAGGAGCGAUCUCGAAGCGAUGUCUCAAACAUGUCCGACGAUAGCUCUAUGCGAACUGAUCCGAUACGAAAUACAUCUAGCAGAGCAUCAGUGUAUUCUACUGAUACCAAUGAUCUGAAAGAUUCUAGACCUGGCUCUUCUCAUGGAGGAAGGAUACCCACCAAGAGCUCCACAUUCACCACAAGAUCGUUGACCAGUGCGGACAGAAAGCAGGCACUCGCUUCUGUCAAUGCUGCUGCAGCUGCCGCCCAGAAAUGGGGCUGGGGCGUCCUAGCGAGGAAUCGUCAGCGCGAAGCUCAAGGCGCGACCGACAAGGAGCGAAAUGAACAAUCUAUACCAAGAGAGCCCAUGGGUCGUGGUAGGCCGCUCCCACCUCCUGGGACGCCACUACCUCCGCCGGAGAACCCGAUCAGAACCAGCUCAUUCAUGAUGCCUAGGCGGAAGCCGGUGCCACCUCCACUACUACCGAAACGACAAGACACCGGUCGUUCGAGCGACUCUGUCAAGCCAUCGCCGAAGCCACCACUCCCAGCGCGGCGCAAGCGACAAAAUACGCUACAACCCGACGAUGAGACCGAAAGCGAGGUUCUCGUGGUAGAGGCACCCACAGAAUCCGCCCCUGCGAGUCCAGCCGCCGACGAACACCAUGAUGAGUUCUUCGGUCAUGGCGAAGAAUCGACGGAGACGGGCGAUGAGCAACCACAGAAACCAGGCAAACCUCCACCCUUACCAAUACGGCGGACUGAGACGCCGCCGGGGCCUCUAGAAGACAAGGAGGAUAUUGACAGACAAAAGAUUGGACCGUAUACACAAUGA